AUGGUCAAGGUUCCCAUUGUCAAGAAGCGCACCAAGCCAUUUAAGCGCCACCAGUCCGACCGUUACCACGGCGUGAAGGAAGCAUGGCGGAAACCGAAGGGUAUCGAUAACAGGGUGCGGCGGCGCUUCAAGGGGCAGCUUCCCAUGCCGAAGAUUGGUUAUGGAAGCAACAAGAAGACUCGCCAUCUCCUCCCCAAUGGCUUGAAGAAGUUCCUUGUCAGCAACGUGCGGGAAGUCGACAUUCUCUUGAUGCACAACAAAAGUUUUGCUGCUGAGAUUGCGCACAACGUCAGCAGCCGCAAUCGCACGCUGAUUCUUGAGAGGGCGAAGGUAUUGGGUGUGAAGGUCACCAACGCGGCUGCUCGCCUACGUUCAGAGGAGUAA